AUGCCGCGAUCCCGCCCCAAUGCGAUCUCAGAAGACUCAGCUAUCCCAAGUCGUGGGAUUUCAGGGACACCUAAAGGGCCUCGCAGGAGCAGCUCUGUCUCAUCACUAAAAUCUGAUGGUUUGCAAUACAUUCCUCCCUGGACUACACCAUAUGUGAUCGGAAUUGGCGGUCCAUCUGGUUCGGGAAAGACAAGUGUCGCGAAUAAGAUUGUGUCUUCGAUAAAUGUACCAUGGACGGUUCUGAUCUCUCUCGACAAUUUCUACAAGCCUCUGACCCCGGAAGAAAGAAAGCGGGCGUUUCAAAAUGAUUAUGACUUCGAUCACCCCAAUGCUAUCGAUCUGGACCUGGCUUAUGAAUGCAUUUUGAAUCUCAAGGAGGGAAAGAAAACAUCGAUUCCCGUCUACAGCUUUGUUGAGCACAACCGAGUUCCCAAUAAGAAUAUUAACAUAUAUGGUGCCAGUGUCAUCGUACUGGAGGGGAUCUACGCCCUACACGACAGAAGACUCCUCGAUCUGAUGGAUCUGAAAAUUUACGUUGAUGCCGAUCUAGACGUUUGUCUAGCAAGACGCUUAUCGAGGGACAUAGUUUACAGAGGGAGAGAAUUGCAGGGCUGCAUACAACAGUGGGAAAAAUUCGUCAAGCCCAACGCCGACAAAUAUGUAAAGGCUUCGAUGCAAAAUGCAAACGCAAUUGUUCCUUCGUUGAGCGAUAGCACCGUAGCUGUUGAACUGCUGAUAAAUCACAUAAAGUCGAAAUUGCAGGCCAAAUCGGAAGAACACCUGAAAGAGCUGAUUAGAUUGGGAUUCUACGGAUCUAAAAGCAUUACUGAGUACUCGUCGGUUCAUGAACUGGAGAAGACGAAUCAGGUGAUGUCUAUUAUGACCAUGCUCAUGGAUAAGAAUCUGAAGCGCGACGACUUUGUAUUCUAUUUCGAUAGGAUAGCCACCAUACUGCUGUCUAAGGUUUUGGAUCAUCUGCCAGUAUGCCACAGGACAACAAUCGAGACACCUAGCGGAUCCGUGAUGAAGAACAUUCCACAAUGCAAUUUUGACCAAGUGACAGCGAUAAAUCUGAUUCCUUCAGGUGAUUGCUUCACACCAUCUUUGAAAAAUACUAUACCCAAUAUUUGUCUUGGCAAGCUUCUCAUUCAGUCAGAUUCCCAAACCGGGGAGCCGCAGCUGCACGGUGAGUUUCUACCACCGAACGUUGAGAAAUUCGAAAGAGUGCUCCUGAUGGCGGGUCAAGUCAUAUCAGGCGCGGCGAUGAUAAUGGCCGUUCAAGUACUUCUGGAUCAUGGCGUUCCUCUAGAGCGUAUAAAUGUCGUUGUGUACUUGGCCACCGAGCUUGGUGUCAGACGUAUAGUUAAUGCCUUUCAUGACAGAGUGGAAUUCUUCGCUGGAACAAUCGUGAGGAGAGAAGACGUUCAUCGGCAAGCUUGGCCUAAAUGCCGCUUCGUCGAUGUCAAAUACUUCGGAUGCUGA